ACCUGGUAGCUGAAAUUGAUACCUGCUUUGACUAGGUCUUGCAUACUUAAAACCAGAUUAAUAUUUUAAUAUAAUUAUGCUGUUGAUAUGACUAGGCUUUUCCAGGACUAAUGUUUUGGGUUAAACCAAGCCACCAAAGUAAAGCAGAGCCAUACAAAGACUUGACUGUAGUUUAAUUUAAAUAUAACAAAACAAUGUACUUAAAUAGCUACCUGCUGUCACUUACAUAAAAAUAAUUGAGCUACUCAGAAGCAGCGGAGUUCCCACAUUUGCCAAGGAGCUCAGAAAAAAACCCAGACUUGAAUAUUGCAUUAGAGUACCCUUUCAGAUGAACAUACAGUGGUGCAUAUUGGAAAAUACUGCGGUGCUAAAUUCCCAAUGACGACUCCAGUUCGAGACUACAGGAGUGACUGUAAAAUUUAGUCGUGCUCUGGAGGCUUCUAGACUGCAUUGGUUUAUAUGCUGAGGCUGGCUGAAAUCAGACAAACUUUUUAAUUCUGGGGCAUUAUGCUGCUCGAAGUAUUCCUGGUUCUGGGGGCAGUCAUCAUCUACUUCUUAUUUUCCAAGAAGAAAGAAGAGCCACUACCCUUCAAAGAGGGAUGGUGGGGCAGGGGACAAAAGCCUGACACUGAAGAAGAUGCAACUGUUUGGCCUUUUAAAGUGGAAACUACAGAAGAAGAGCUGAGUGACUUAUUUAGGAGGCUUGACCAGGCUCGAUUCACUGAGCCACUGGAGAACAGUUGCUUCCAUUAUGGGGUGAACUCGGUGUAUCUCAGGAAGGUUGUCUCCUACUGGAAAAACCAGUUCAAUUGGAAGAAACAAGUUGAAGUCCUCAACAAGUACCCACAAUUCAAAACUAAGAUUCAAGGCAUCGAUAUCCACUUUGUUCACGUGAAGCCUCCUCGUUUGCCUGAAGGCCAGGCUGCAAAGCCAUUAUUAAUGGUUCAUGGUUGGCCUGGUUCCUUUUACGAGUUUUACAAAAUUAUCCCUCUCCUGACGGAUCCUGCAAGCCACGGCCUCGGUGAUGAACAUGUUUUUGAAGUCAUUUGCCCAUCUAUCCCUGGCUAUGGUUUCUCAGAAGCACCUCACAAAGAAGGCUUUAACUCUGUAAGUGCUGCUUCUAUUUUUUAUGAAUUGAUGCUCAGACUGGGAUUCAACGAGUUCUAUGCACAAGGUGGUGACUGGGGCUGGCUCAUCUGCACCAACCUGGCCCAGAUAGCUCCUGACCGUAUGAAAGGUCUCCAUUUAAAUCUCGCCUUUGUUACGAACAUGGGGUUCACUCACCUGCUCUCGGUUCUGCUGGGCCGCUACCUCCCAGGGCUCUUUGGCUUCCGGGAUGAAGAUGUCAGGAGGAUGUUUCCCUUCCUGGAAAAAGGGCUCUACAGGAUCCUGUUGGAGUCUGGCUACUCUCACAUACAGGCUACGAAGCCUGAUACUGCCGGCUGUGGGCUGAAUGAUUCUCCUGUGGGACUGGCUGCAUACAUUUUGGAGAAGUUUUCUACAUGGACUGAUCUGGAAUUCCGCAGUUUAGAGGAUGGAGGACUGGAGAGGAAGUUUAACCUGGAUGAUCUGCUCACCAAUAUCAUGAUCUACUGGGUGUCAGGCUGUAUAGUCUCCUCAAUGCGUUUCUACAAAGAAAACCUUCAAAAGGGGAUAGGCACACAGAAACAUGAAAGGCUCACAGUACAAGUACCUACUGGUGUUGCCUCCUUCCCUAAUGAAAUCAUGCACACACCCCGGGCUUGGGCCCAGAAGAAAUAUACCAACAUAGUCUCCUUCCAUUUCAUGCCUCGAGGUGGCCACUUCGCAGCUUUGGAGGAACCCAAACUUCUUGCUGAAGACAUUCUGCAGUUUGUUGGGAAAGUAGAGAAAGGGCAACUUUGGAGAAAGAAAGGAGAAUAAUUCUCCUAACGUGCAGCAGGGUAAUUACUUACAGCUUAGCACAUGUACAGGCCUCCCUACUGUAAUCCUCCUCUGUAGUAGUCCAUGUAAUCAGAUCUCAUUCUUGACCAGAUGCGAGAGAGGACGGUGAGAAAGAGGCAAUGUCUUUCAGUGAGAUAUGGUCAUGAUUUUGGGUUGGUUUUUCUGCUCCACUAGACUACAAAAGUAGCAUGAAGAUUACUUGGUUACCUUGUCCCCCAAGCACAGUCUUCUGAAAUCUGUUCUGCAGUAUUCCUGAUUCUCGCUUUGAAACCGAAGAAAAUACCUUUCAACUAAUACCAAUGAAACCAAUGAAAAGCUUUUUGUCACAGCAGCAGUAAGACCUGAGUUGGUGCGACGUUCCUCACAUAAAGAAUGGGGAGCAGCCCAGCAAGACCUGACUUGCAGGAGUGCAUGGGUUAAUCAGCAUCCAUCAUCUACAGCACCUUCAAACCAGCCACCUGGAUACUGCUGGCUGCCUUUCUCCUUCAGCCUGGGCUGCUAAACUGCUUCCUGGCUGUGAGGAACCUCAGCUCUCCCACAUCAGGCUGCUGGGACAGCCAGACAUGAGGAGCCACUGACACACCCAGGGGCCUGUAGCUCGGAGCAGGAGCAGGGCUUGGGUAGGAGGAAUUAUGGCCCAAAUUCCCCUCACACUGAAUUUGGUCUCCUAACAAAAAUCAUAACCCUGGCUAGGCUGAGGACUCUGUGGCUUUGUACUGCUUCUGCAGGGUACUGUAAAUACCUCUCACUAAGGAAUAAAAACGUGGUUAAUUCAACAUGAAAAGAAA